AUGAUUGAAUUAUCCGGUGUAUUUUUCCUAAGGCUCUCCAUAUUCUCGAUUGGAUUCUGCUUCUUAAGACGUCUUAGGAAGGGUAUCCGCGGUAUGGCCUUAGCCGCUGUCUCAGCUUCCAAACAACCUCCUUCUUCCAGCUCUUCAAAUCCGCAGGCCACGUGGUUGGGCUCAUUGUUGUAUAAUGCCAACAAAUUUGAAGCGAAUCAAUAUCCAAAGCGACAAAAGACGAUUACAUCUGAUCCUUAUAUCAAGGAGGAUACCAAUCAUCAUGAAGAUGAUCAUCCCCACCAAAGUACUACUACCACUAGCGUAACUCAUAUUGUUAAUGAUCAAGAGGCACAAAUAUUACAGCGUAAGGAAGAAGAAAUGAUGGUGAUGAAGCAGCCACGGACGAGUGUGUUAACUAGGAAGAGUACUCUACGGCCGACACAACUGGUUGUACCGGCUCCCCUUAGUUGUCCGGCGGAAAUGGAAAUCAUGAUCGGGAAAAAAUAUGAACGGGAGGAGUUCCAACUACAAGGUAAAGGAUUUGCGGUGGCAAGUAAGAAAGGAAAGAGAGCCGUCAUGGAAGAUUCACAUGGCGUCAUGCUCCACAUCGAUUCAAACCCUAAACAAGCGUUUUUUGUGGUGGUGGAUGGGCAUGGAGGAAGAGCAGCAGCUGAGUUUGUGGCAGAAAAUCUAGGGACCAACAUAAUGAAGGAGAUCAACAAUAUAGAGAAUGUGGCCGUUGGAUCAUUAGAAGAAGCUGAACAUCAUCAUAUUGAACAAGCAAUACGAAGAGGAUACUUGGUCACUGAUCAUCAAUUUCUUAGUCAGGAAGUGAAUAAAGGGGGAGCAUGUGCAGCGAGUGUGCUAGUGAAGGAUGGGGAGAUGUAUGUUGGCAACGUUGGAGACUGUAAAGUAAUCCUAAGUAGGAAUGGAAAAGCUCAGUGUUUGACUCAAGAUCAUCGCCUCACCCGACCAGAUGAACGUGCCCGAAUCGAAAACUCGGGUGGAUUUUUGGAGUGCCGGAAUGGAGUAUGGAGGGUAAACGGGAGCCUAGCAGUAUCGAGGGCUAUUGGGGAUGCUUACCUAAAACAACAUAUCAUUUCUGAACCACACACUCUCUCCCUUCCUUUAACUCCUGAUGACUCCGACUGCUUCCUCAUCUUGGCUUCUGAUGGCUUGUGGGAUAAGGUAGGGGAGCAAGAGGCAGUUGAUGUUGUGCUAGCAUCAUCAUCAUCAAGAGGAGGAGGAGGGAAGAAGAAGGAGGAUCAGGAUGAAGAUGAUUCAGCAGUGGAGGCUUGUAAAGAGCUGGUAGCAUUGUCAUAUCGCAGAGGUGGUGUGGAUGAUGUCACAGUUAUGGUUAUCCAUCUUCCCAACUUUUUUUCGUAA